AUGCAAAAGGAGGAACCUUACUUUCGCACCUGCAACUCGCCGAGGAUGGAGGAGAUUGACGAGGUGUUUCGUCUCUUAGAUUCCCCAAAGGGAAGAGAGCUUUGUGAACUUCUCUCCUCCUUGCUUUCUACGGAUGGACUGCCACCGCCGCCGGAACCUUUUCUCAAAGGCGACAACGACGCCGGCGGACGCAAUGGUGGCCCCGCAGUGCCCGUAACUGUAACCUGGAUGCCAUUCUUCGGGGCCCACUGUAGCCGUUGCCAUAUUCUUAGAGACGUCAUUCAUGCAGGCGGUAAUCCAAGGAAGAAACUUAAUUCCACUGUUCACAGGAAUGCCACUAGGAUGAAUAUCUAUACAAAUCACACUUUGACUACCGUUAUAUCUUUGUUAAACGCUUCGAUCUGUUGAUCCAUGGAAUUUUUAAUGAUUUCUUCAUGUCAUAGUACGCGGUUUUAUAGGUUUUUCCGUCUUAACUGUGAAAUAUCUUAUCGUUUUGUAGGGUUUUCUGAACACUUCUAGGGUUUCUCCUUGUUUCAUCAUUGUUUUGGUUACUUUAAACUAGUUAUCAAAGAUCCUUUACUCUCUCUCCCUCUCUCUCUCGUUUCUAGUUGACCGAAGUCUUGCUUUUAGGAGUUUUAUCUGGAUGAUCCAUACUUUUCUGCUUUUUGUUUGA